CCGGCGGCGGCGACAGGGCGAGAGCAGAGCGCGGUGCCAGGGGGGUGGGGGCACCGGUGCCCGUCUGGGGAGGGAGCAGGCGGAGGGGGUAAGCUGCGAUCACAAGCAGGAACCGGCAGCAGCCGAGGCCCAGGGGGGGCCGCAGCCCGGGCCCUUGCCAUGGAGUCCAUGUUUGAGGAUGACAUCAGCAUCCUGACCCAGGAGGCCCUGGGGCCCAGUGAGGUGUGGCUGGAUGCCCCUGGAGACCCCUCCCUGGGGGGGGACAUGUGCUCCGCCUCCCACUUUGCCCUCAUCACAGCCUACGGAGACAUCAAGGAGCGGCUGGGGGGCCUGGAGAGGGAGAAUGCCACACUCCGACGGCGCCUCAAAGUCUACGAGAUCAAGUACCCACUGAUCAGUGACUUUGGAGAGGAGCAUGGCUUCUCUCUGUAUGAAAUCAAGGAUGGCUCCCUGCUGGAGGUGGAGAAGGUCAGCCUGCAGCAACAGCUCAACCAGUUCCAGCAUGAGUUGCAGAAGAAUAAGGAGCAGGAAGAACAGCUCGGGGAGAUGAUCCAGGCUUAUGAGAAACUCUGCGUGGAGAAGAACGACCUGGAGACGGAGCUAGGGGAGAUGCGGGCCCUGGUGGAGACCCACCUGCGGCAGAUCUGUGGUUUGGAACAGCAGCUGCGGCAGCAGCAAAGCCUCCGGGAUGCAGCCUUCCCCAGCCUGAGCCCCCCGCCGGCCCCUGCCCCACCCUGUGCUGAUCUGGACCUGCACUACUUGGCCCUGAGAGGGGGACCUGGCUUGAGUCACGCAGGCUGGCCAGGCCCCACACCGAGCGUGAGUGAGCUGGAGCGGCGGCGGCUAGAAGAGGCUCUGGAGGCUGCCCAGGGAGAGGCCCGGGGGGCUCAGCUCCGGGAGGAGCAGCUGCAGGCCGAGUGCGAGCGGCUCCAGGGGGAGCUGAAGCAGUUGCAGGAGACCCGGGCCCAGGAUCUGGCCUCCACCCAGUCGGAGCGGGACAUGGCAUGGGUGAAGAGAGUUGGAGAUGACCAGGUGAAUUUGGCGCUGGCUUACACAGAGCUGACAGAGGAGCUGGGCCGGCUUCGGGAGUUGAGUUCGCUGCAGGGGAGGAUCCUGAGGACACUGCUGCAGGAGCAGGCCCGGAGCGGCGGCCAGAGGCACUCGCCGCUGUCGCAGCGCCAUUCCCCGGCCCCCCAGUGCCCCUCACCAUCGCCGCCUGCCCGAGCGGCGCCCCCGUGCCCUCCGUGCCAGUCCCGCCCCCAGCGCCGCUCCCCCGGGCCCCCGUGCCCCUCGCCCCAGCAGCGCCGCUCGCCGGCCUCGCCCUCCUGCCCGUCGCCCGUCCCGCAGCGCCGCUCGCCGGUGCCGCCGCCGUGCCAGACCCCCAGCCCGCAGCGCCGCUCCCCAGGGCCCCCCUGCCCGGCCCCGCAGCCCCGGCCGCCGCCGCCCCCGCCGCCGGGCGAGAGGACGCUGGCCGAGCGCGCCUACGCCAAGCCGCCCAGCCACCACGUGAAGGCCGGUUUCCAGGGCCGGCGCAGCUACUCCGAGAUGGCCGAGGGCGCGGGCUACGCGGGCGCCUCCCCGCCCUGGCUGCAGGCCGAGGCCGCCACGCUGCCCAAGCCGCGGGCCUACGGCGGCGAGCUCUACGGCCCGGGCAGGCCCCUCAGCCCGCGGCGCGCCUUCGAGGGCAUCCGGCUGCGCUUCGAGAAGCAGCCGUCGGAGGAGGAGGAGUGGGCCGUGCCCGCCAGCCCGCCCAGCCCCGAGGCGGGCACCAUCCGCUGCGCCUCCUUCUGCGCGGGCUUCCCGGUCCCGGAGUCGCCCGCCGCCUACGCCCACGCCGAGCACGCGCAGUCCUGGCCGUCCAUCAACCUUCUGAUGGAGACAGUGGGCUCUGACAUCCGCAGCUGCCCCCUCUGCCAGCUGGGUUUCCCUGUCGGGUACCCAGAUGAUGCCCUCAUCAAACACAUUGACUCCCACCUGGAGAACAGCAAGAUCUAGGGUGCCUCCCCCACCCACUGGCUGUUUCUCUGCCCUCUCCCAUCAUCCCCACUCACUCACUCACUUUGAAUGCUGCAUGAAUCUCGUGGGGGGCCCCAGCUCCUUACGACCCCCAGAUACCUCCACUAGCUACUGAGUCAAUGUGCGUGCCGUCUUCCCUGGUCCAGGCACCACUCAGCCCUGGCUCUUCCCAGGAGGUCAGCCAAGGCGGCUCCCCAGCUCCCUGAGUUCUGCUGGGAGGUGGGGAUCUGGGCUGGGAUGGGGAGGGGCAUACCCCACCCCAGCCUCUUCCUCUGCCUUUUGGUUCUCAGACAGGGUUGGAUCCAAGAAAGUGUGUAGUGAUUGGGCCUGGGGGAGGGGGAGGGUAUCAGAGGACUCCAGGAGCUGCCCCAGCCCCGCCCCCGAUGUCCGUCUUAUUCAAGCUGUGCUCUGUCUGGAGAACACUUCCCUGUGGGGUCCCAGGGCCUGCCCUGCACACUGAUGCCGGUUCCUCUGUCCUGUGGCCAGCUCGUGGCUUGUGGUGUGGGCUUCCACUGGGGAAGGAGGCGUCUUGUUUCUUGCCAUUCCCUGCAGGCCAGCCCUGUUCUCCCCUUCUGCCCACCCUAGGGAGUAGGGAGGGUGGGAGAGGAGAGGAGGAUCCUGGAGGACUGGGAAGAUCCAGCCUAAUGAGGCUGCCCUGAGGGCCGGGGGGGCCUGCACCAUGACCCUCAGGCCAGGGGACUGUCUGUGCCAGCCUCCCAGGCCCAUGCCCUCCCCCUGGAGCCUCGGUACCGAGGCACACAUUGUUAAGGCAGAUGCUCCCCUCCACCCUUACUCCCCUUGGGUCCCUGACACUGCAGGGGCCCUGGAGCCUGGGUGUGACUCAGCCUCUGUUAGCUGGGUGGGUGUCAUCAGCCCUGCCUCCUAGGCCAGAACCUGAGGAUGGGCCCAGGGUGCUGUGGAGAUCAACUUCAAAAGAGCUAACCCCCUUCCCACGCCCCCGCGACCCACAUUCCCUCUGUGCAAUCUACCUCAGAGUCGUUCCCUCAGAAGGACGGGUAAGCAGGAGGCCAGGGGGUCCCCAGGGCUGAGUUGGGGAGCUUCCUACGGCAAGAGCCUGCACCCCACGAUGACUCCAACCCCCUCCACUGUGAGCUUCUCCUGGGUCUCAGUCCUGGGUGGGUGGCAGUGGACGCUAUUGUCAGUGCAUGUACCAUUCUGAUCCAACUCUUCCAGGCCCCGCACCUCCUCACACCUCUCCCCUCCUCCUCUACGCAGGGGAGUGAAGGGGUGUGUCAGGCGGGGAAGGGGCCAAGGACUCCAGAGACACAUGGCAUUGUACCUUGUGUGUUCCCCCUGGGAGGGGAAAUGGGGAAGGGGGACUGGAGAGGGGAGGUGAGGGCCCCUGAGCUCUCUGAAAAAGUUGAAAGUCCAAAUAAAACUUACCUGUUCCAUA